AUGAAAAAGCCUUUCUUCGUGGCCCUCGGCCUCUUCGCGCUGCUGCCUGUCUGGCUCGCUGCAGCAGCAGCAGCAGCAGCAGCAGCAGAAGAGAGCAAAGAAGACGACUCUGCUGUUCUCGUCCUCACCAACUCCAACUUCGACGAAACUCUCAAGCAAAACGAAGUUGUGCUUGUCAAGUUCUACGCCCCCUGGUGCGGCCACUGCAAACGCAUGGCCCCGGAAUACGCAAAAGCUGCGCAGCUUUUGCAGCAGAAAGGCAGCAAAGUCGUUUUGGCAAAAGUCGACGCCACUGCGGAGACGGACUUGGCCAAUAAACACGACAUCAGCGAGUUCCCCACCGUCACUCUCUUCCGCAACCAGAAGCCCGAGCAGUACACUGGGGGCCGCACUGCGGAGGCAAUAGUGGAGUGGGUGGAGACGAUGACGGGCCCGGCAGUGACGGAAGUGAGCAGCAGAGAGGAGGCCGCGGCGCGGGUGAGCCGCGAGGCGCCCGUGGCGUUCGUGGCGGAACUGAGCGCAGCAGACUCGGAAGUGGCGAAGACGUUUUGGGCAGCGGCAGAGGCGGGCCGGCAGCUGGGGAAGUUCUACUGCACGUACGGCGCGGCGCCGGGCGCAGAGCGCGUCUCGGCCGUGCGCUUCGAAGAGGGCUGGGUCCCCUUCGAAGGCGAGGCGGAGCCCGCGGCGCUGCGGGCCUUCCUGGAGACGGAGUCCUUCCCGCUGCUGGGCCCGAUCAACGGCGAGAACUUCCGCAAGUACGUGGAGCGCGACGCGGCGCUGGUCUGGUUCUGCGGCGCCGCUCCCGACUUCGACCAGUUCAAAGACAGCCUCCGCGCCGCCGCGAAGGCCGUCCGCAGCGACUUCCACUUCGUCUGGCUGGACACGGACAGCUUCCGCGGCCACGCCGAGGCCGCGCUGGGCCUCGCGCAGUUCCCCGGGCUGGUGGCGCAGACGCGCCGCGGCCGCUUCGUGCUGCCGGCGGCGGCGGCGGCGGCGGCGCUGCGGGACGCGGCGGCGGUCACGCAGUUCCUCGCGGACGUGGCCGCGGGGAAGGUGGAGCGCGCGCUCAAGUCCGAGCCCGUGCCCGAGAGCAACGCGGAGCCCGUGAAGGUGGUCGUGGGCAAGACCUUCGAGCAGCUGGUGCUGCAGGACGCGCGGGACGUGUUUCUCGAGGUCUACGCGCCCUGGUGCGGCUACUGCAAGAGCUUCGAGCCUGUCUACCGCGAGUUCGCGGAGCGCCACCGCGCCAACCCGCGGCUCCUCGUCGCCAAGAUGGACGGCACUGCCAACGAGGCGCCGCUCGAGGCUUUCGAGUGGAACAGCUUCCCCACCAUUUUCUUCGUCCGCGCCGGCGCCAAGAGCCCCCUCCGCUACGAGGGCGCCCGCACUGUCGACGGCCUCUCCGAGUUCCUCCAGAAGCACGCCUCCGCGCCCCGCCCCGACAAGGGCGAGGAGCUCUGA